CGUAGUGAAAGAUUGAUCAUAAUGCCCGAGCCGGCCAAGUCCGCCCCCGCGCCCAAGAAGGGCUCCAAGAAAGCCGUGACCAAGACGCAGAAGAAGGGCGACAAGAAACGUAGAAAGACUAGGAAGGAGAGCUACUCGAUCUACGUGUACAAGGUGCUGAAGCAGGUGCACCCCGACACGGGCAUCUCGUCCAAGGCCAUGGGCAUCAUGAACUCCUUCGUCAACGACAUCUUCGAGCGCAUCGCCGGCGAGGCCUCGCGCCUGGCGCACUACAACAAGCGCUCCACCAUCACCUCGCGGGAGAUCCAGACGGCCGUGCGGCUCCUGCUGCCCGGCGAGCUGGCCAAGCACGCCGUCUCCGAGGGCACCAAGGCCGUCACCCAGUACACCAACUCCAAGUAGGGCGUCUCGGAUCGUCAGUUUUAACCCAAAGGCUCUUUUAAGAGCCACCCACAUAUUCAGUAAAAGAGUCGUUCACUGAUUCGGUUCGGUGAGUGGUACUUGUGUUUAGCGCUGCUUUAGUUCCCCGGCUAGGGCGUGCUGUUCAAUAGUAGGAAAAAUCUUUGUCGUGUUAAGGCGCCGGGAAUGGUUUGGGUCGUCUUGUAUGUGCCCUACCCCGACUGUUCAUCGGGCAGGUCUGUAAAAAGAUUGUUAAGCACCUAAUCAAGUUCUAAAGCUAUUAAAGUUUUCCUUCCUCGUUUUA